CUAGAAAUGUCAGUAGUGGAACAGCUGAAUAGAGGAGCUGCUGCUUUUAGCUCAGUAAUAUUUUAAUAGAUUUUGUUUAAUGUUGUUUUUCUCUAAAUGGGAGCUAAAAGAAAAGCUCACAGUGUUUGUACAGAGCUUCGUGCCUUUUUGAGCAAAAGCUGCUUAUUGAGAUGCUGUAAUUCAGUUAGUGAAUAUCUUGCUGGCCAAAACCUGCAAGUACAACAAACUAUCACCAUGCAGUGACCUCAUGACGUCACUCAGGAGAAACGAAACUAAUGCAGAGCUGCUUCAAAAACCGAAUUCAGUUCUUCCAGCAGGACACAGUUUCCAGUUUGAAGGUUCUCCAGUCAGGAAACUCAGUUAAACUCUACAGAUCAACUCUGAAGAAGCAGAAAAGCAGACCAAAGGAGAGAAAGUGAAAGUGUCAUGUCUUCCUCCAGCAGUCUCCUGUCUGAAGAUCAGCUCCAGUGCUCUAUCUGUCUGGAUGUGUUCACUGAUCCAGUCUCUACUCCAUGUGGACACAACUUGUGCAUGGUCUGUCUCAAAGAGUGCUGGGACAGCAGUUCAUGCUGCCAGUGUCCAGUUUGUAAGACAGAAUUCCCUACAAGACCUGAACUGUCUGUGAACACAUUCAUCUCUGGACUGGCUGCUCAGUUCAAGAAGUCAGUUCAGGUCAAAUCCAGCAGAGCUCCAGAGAAACCUGACAAAUCUCAGGUUCUCUGUGACUACUGUGAAAACAACUGUGCAGCUCUGAAGUCCUGCCUGAUCUGUAUGGCCUCUUAUUGCAAGACUCACCUGAAUCCUCAUCAGAGAGUCGCUUCAUUCAAGAAGCACAAACUGAUGGACACUGUGGAGAACCUGGAGGACUACAUCUGCCAGAAACAUGAGAGACCUCUGGAGCUGUUCUGUAGAGACGACCAGACGAGUGUGUGUCGGUUCUGCACUGAGACAGACCACAAGACUCACAGCACUGUUCCUAUAGAGGAGGAGAGUGGAGAGAGGAAAAUUCAAAUGGGAACAACACAGGCAGAAGUUCAGCAGAUGAUCCAGGACCGACUGAAGAAGAUUGAGGAAAUCAAACACUCUGUUGAGCUCAGUAAAAAAAGCUCAGAGAAGGAGAAAGCAGACAGUGUGGAGGUCUUCAGAGCUCUGCUGUGCUGCAUUGAGAGAAGCCAGGCAGAGCUGCUUGAGGUGAUGGAGGAGAAGCAGAAAGCAGCAGAGAGGCAGGCUGAAGAGUUCAUUAAAGAGCUGGAGCAGGAAAUCACUGAGCUAAAGAGGAGAGACACUGAGCUGGAGCAGCUCUCCCACACUGAGGACCACCUCCACCUCCUACAGGUUUACCCGUCCCUCUGCAGCCCCCCACACACCAAGAACUGGACUGACGUCAGGAUUAACACUCAUCUGAGGGUGGAGACUCUGAGGAGAGCUCUGACUCAGCUUCAGGAAGAGCUCAGUAAGGAGAUGAAGAAGAUUGAUGAGAUCAAACUGAAGAGAAUUCAACAGUAUGCAGUGGAUGUGACUCUGGAUCCUGAUUCAGCUCAUCCUCAACUCAUCCUGUCUGAUGAUGAGAAACAAGUGAGACACGGAGACAAACGACAGAAUCUCCCUGAAAACCCAGAGAGGUUUGAUUAUUAUGCCUGUGUUCUGGCAAAGGAGGGGUUCUCCUCAGGGAGAUUUUACUAUGAGGUUCAGGUCAGUGGGAAGACUGAGUGGGAUUUAGGAGUGACCACAGAGUCCAGUAACAAGAAGGGGAAGAUUACAAUGAGUCUUGAGGAUGGAUACUGGAGAUUGUUAUUGAGGAAUGAGACUGAAUAUAUAGCAGCAGAAUCUCUUUCUCUGCUCCUCUCCUUGAAACAGGCUCCCCAGAAGGUGGGGGUGUUUGUGGAUUAUGAGGAGGGUCUGGUCUCCUUCUAUGAUGUUGAGGUCAGGUCUCAUAUUUACUCUUUCACUGGUCAGUCUUUCACUGAGAAGGUCUAUCCAUACUUUUCUCCCGGUCAAAAUUAUGGCGGUAAAAACUCAGCACCACUGAUCAUCAAACCUGUUAAACAUCAUAAAUAAAGAUUAAAUGUUUUUGUAAAUCCACUUUAUUAUGUCAGAAAAAGCUACUGUAAUACUGUGGCACUGCAGAGCUUAACUAAACAUUAUUAUUAAAUAAAUCUCAAAAUACACUACCCAAUUAAUUAAUGGAUCAGAAAAUAAUCAUUUUAAUUUAAAUACAUAAAUGAAAAGUGCAGAAUGUCAGUAUCAGUGUGACUGAUGUGUCUUGUAGGAAUCACAGCUUUUAUGUACAGUAAAAACUCACACUUUGGCCUCUUUAUCAUGAAGCUCUUUUUUACUUGUGUAUAUUGAAUGUAAACAUUUAUGAGGUUGUAGUUUUGUUUAUGGGACUCUUAUCAAAUGUACAACAAAUGUCAAUAAAAUUUAAACUCAUGUUAUUCUUUUGUAAAACUGAUUAAAUUAAAUAUAUUCUGUUCAAAUCAAACUCAAACUGAUUUUCAUCUUGUAGUGUAAGACAAUAAAACAGGGACAUCGUAUCUAAAUGUUA